UUAAUAAUUGUUGAGUAUGGUAAUGAAGGUGUUGUAUUAUAAUUUUAUGACUAUGCAUAGUAUUAACUGGCAAUUAAUUUUCACCCAUUUAUUAUAGUGGAUUUGAACUUUGAAACUAAGCAUGUCUGCUAUGAAAGGAAGUGAUUCCCCAUCUAAGGGACAAAAGAUGAAAGCUUUUAAUAUCAAUCCAGUUGGAAAAAAAGGUCCAAAACCUGAACCUGAGAAACCCAGAAGAGAUCCAAAACUUAAAUGUUCGGAGGAAGAAAAAGCUGCUGCUGAAGUGUAUGAAGAAUUCUUAGCUUCAUUUGAUGAGCCAGCAAAACAUGGAAAGUUGUUUGUUAGGGGCACAGUAAUCAAUGCUGGAUCAGGAGAAGAAAAACCAACUGUACAAACUGGAAAGUUAUAUAAACCACCAAAGUUAGUAGAAGUUGUUAAAAAGCAGCCCGAAGAGAAGCAAGAAACUGCCAAAGAGAAAGCUGAUAGAAUUGAGCGACAGAACAAAAAGCGAGAAAAAGAAAAGCGAAAAAGCAAUCUUGAGCUUUUCAAAGAAGAAUUACGUAUGAUCCAAGAAGAAAGAGAAGAAAGACAUAGGUUAAAAAAUGUUGUCAAAGAGCAAGUGAAAGUUGGCAGACCUGUUGAACCUGUUGAAACGCAAAUAAGAUUAGCUGAUGACUAUAGAUAUCCUUCUUAUGGGUCUUAUGAUACAGGUGAUCCAAGUACUACAAAUCUGUACCUAGGAAAUCUGAAUCCAAAAAUGACAGAGCAACAGUUAUGUGAAGUAUUUGGUCGUUUUGGCCCUCUUGCGAGUGUGAAAAUCAUGUGGCCACGUUCUGAUGAGGAACGUGCAAGGGGUCGGAAUUGUGGGUUUGUGGCUUUUAUGAAUAGAAAAGAUGGAGAGAGAGCUAUGAAAAACCUGAAUGGAAAGGAUAUAAUGAGUUUCGAGAUGAAACUUGGCUGGGGUAAGGCUGUUCCUAUCCCUCCUCAUCCCAUUUAUAUCCCCCCAGCUAUGGUGGAGCUCACCCUCCCACCUCCACCAUCUGGUCUACCAUUUAAUGCUCAGUUGGACAAGAAAGACAGACAUAAGUUGUGGCCUGGGGAACCUGAAACUCGGGAAUCCUUUGAGAAGCUUUUAUCCAAUGCAGUUGUCAAAGUGGUAAUCCCUACCGAAAGGAGUUUAUUGUGCCUCAUACACCGUAUGAUCGAAUUCGUAGUGCGUGAAGGACCGAUGUUUGAGGCCAUGAUAAUGAAUCGUGAAAUUAAUAAUCCAAUGUUCAGGUUUUUAUUUGAUAAUCAGAGUCCUGCUCAUGUAUAUUACCGGUGGCGAUUAUAUUCUAUUUUGAAGGGUGAUCAUCCUAGUAAAUGGCGCACAGAAGAGUUCUACAUGUUCAAAAAUGGGUCGUUAUGGAAACCACCUCCUCUAAAUCCUUAUCUUCAAGGAAUGCCCGAAGAAUUAGUUGAAGUUCCACCAAAGCCAGUUGAACCUAAAAAAGGGUCCUUAUCUGACAGCCAGAGAGAUAAAUUUGAAGAUUUACUUCGUAAUAUAACUCCUGAGAAGUACAAAAUUGCUGAAGCUAUGAUAUAUUGUAUAGAACAUGCAGAAGCAGCAGAAGAAAUUAUUGAAUGUAUAGGAGAAGCAAUAGCUUCACCUGAAGCACCUCUCUAUAAAAAAAUUGCUAGAUUGUACCUGAUUUCUGAUAUACUGCAUAACUGCAGUGUGAAAGUUGCAAAUGCUUCAUUUUAUCGAAAAGGAUUUCAAGUCAAACUUCCAGAUAUUUUUAAAGACUUGCAUGAUAUCUUCCAAAGCAUAGAAGGCAGGUUACGAGCAGAACAGUUUAAGCAAAGGGUAGUAAGUUGCUUCAGAGCCUGGGAAGACUGGGCAAUAUAUCCGAGUGAAUUCCUUAUAAAAUUGCAGAAUCUAUUUUUAGGUCUUGUUCCACUGUCCCGGGAUUUAAAUGAUGAUAGCAACUCAUCACAUGCCAUUCAAGCUCAAAGUGCUGAUUCAGAACUACAAACAGCAGAUGAUAUCGAUGGCAUUCCUUUAUCCACGGAUGAUAUUGAUGGUGUUCCUCUUGAAGGACCAUUAGCAGAAGACAGAGAGGAUAUUGAUGGUGUACCAUUGAAUGAUGAUUUGGAUGGUCAACCAAUGGAAGAUAUACCACCUCCAAAAGAAACUAAAGAUAUAUCUUCUAAAUUUAAACCUUCUAAAUGGGAAACUGUUGAUCCAGAAACAGUUGAAGCUCAAGCUAUAACCACUUCUAAAUGGGAUCUUCUUGAACAAAAUGAUGAUCAAGAACAGAUAGAUGAUAUUGAUGGCCAGCCUAUGGAUGAUUCAGGUUCGACACAAGAUGAUCCCUUGUAUCAAGAAGACGAAAACAGCAAAGAUUCUUCUGCCAUGCUUGAGCAGUUUAAGUCUGAUCUAAAUGAGGAGAGACGAGCAAAAUUGCGAGAAAUAGAAGUAAAAGUGAUGAAAUAUCAGGAUGAAUUAGAAUCUGGUAAACGUUCCAGGAAACCUAACAUGAAGUUUUCAGAGCAAGUUGAACAUUAUCGACAAAAACUAUUAAAAAAGGUGGAGCGAGAGAGAAAUGAUGGCUCAGAGCGUGAGAGGCACAAACGACAUAAAUCACACUCUUCAUCACCUGUCGUUCGAGCACAAACUCCAUCUACAGAUGAAGGAGAUCACAGUCAAAGCCCAAGUUACUACUCAUCUGGAACCAGAAAAGUCAGCCCACGUAGCGUUGCUCUUUCUCCAGCUGAGAACUUACAUUCCCCUCAUAAAGUUUAUAGGUCUCAUUCACCAAAAAAGAUUAAAAGGUCAAGGAGUCGCAGCCCAAAACGUUCGCGGCGCUCAAGAUCAAAAUCUCCAUACAAGAGGCGUCUGUCUCCAGAAUCACCUCCAAGUAGAAAACAUAAAUCUAAGAAAAGUAGGCACUGACAUUUUGCAUUGCCUUUAGUUUUACUUCCACAUAUUGUGCUUUUAAUCAUAUGCAAGUUAUGCACUGUGAAAAAUACAAAAUGGCCAUCAAAGGCCCAGACAUCUGUACAGAAACACAAAAGACAUAUGGCUAAUGUGACACUUUGUUAACAUUGUACUCACUGUAUGUAUAAAAAAGGGCAAUUAAAUUGUGACUUAAAAUUGUUUUCUCCUUCUGAAUGUUUUAACAAUUUUUAAUAGCUUUAAAAAAGUUCAUUUUUGCAAAAAACUGUAUACAUAAGCCAUUUUUUACCUCAUUGGACAUGUAUAUUACAAAUAGACGUAUAAUUUCAUUGUACCAAUAAAUGGACUGAAUAAAGUUGGCAUUAUUCUUAAAAAAA